GAUGUUGACAUCUAGUCCUUUUAAACUGCCAGAUGAAAAGUACUGGAUUUUUCGCCUCCUAAUAAAUAUUGAAGAGCGACACUUCAGUUUAGAAGAGGCAGCAGAAGCUGCACGGUCUAGCAUCGACUUUGACUCAGCACUGAGAUACCUCUCCCAUGAAUGUCCCAUUUGUAAUGAACAAGUUUCUUUCAACAAGAUCAUUACAAUGACUCACUGUAGCUGUGCUUUCUGUGAAAAGUGCUUCAAGGCCCAUUUUACAACAGUUAUAAAAGAGAAGAGCAUUAGUCAUGUUGUUUGCCCCUUGUGCAAUAAUCCAGACCUUAAAAAGGACGGGAACAAAGAAGAUGUAAUGGAAUAUUUCAAUCUUCUGGAUACUCAGAUCCGGCACUACCUUGACCCAGAAGUUCAUGAGCUGUUUCAAAGCAAACUACGAGACAAAACAUUAAUGGACAUGCCAAACUUCAGAUGGUGUGCUAAUUGUUCUUUUGGACUCCUUCAUGAAGCAUCAAGGUUACGAAUGGACUGCCCAUCCUGUGGAAAAAGCACAUGCUUCCAGUGCAGGACUCCUUGGGAGAAGCAGCAUGAAGGCAUCAGCUGUGAACAGUUCAAGACAUGGAAACUGCAAAACCAUCCAGAGUAUCAAGCAAACAGACUGGCUCGUUAUCUCAGCAUGCACGGGAUUGAAUGUCCAAGCUGUGGGUUUCAGUUUGACCUGUCUAAAGGAGGAUGUCUCCACUUCAUAUGUUCACAGUGUCAGCAUGAAUUCUGUGGUGGAUGUAAGAGGCCAUUUAAGAUGGAUUCAGCCUGUGGUUUCUCUCGUGAAUGCCAUGCAAAGGGUCUGCAUGCACAUCACCCUCGGAACUGCUUUUAUUACCUCCGUGAUUGGGACAUAAAAAGACUGCAGCAACUACUAAAUCAUAACAGAAUUCCUUACAGAGGAUCCGUGAGAGAAGGAAGUCAAAUGCAUGCUGAAGGACUGUGCAGGGUGUUGGAAUACAAGGAAACCAUACAUGGCUUAACAGAAGAACAAUGUGGGCAGAUUGCGCCAGCAGAAUAUGAUGGACUUUGCAUCAAGCACUAUAAGGAAUAUUUAGGAGAACUCAUAAACAAACAUGCAGUGGAUCCAGUUCUGCUGUAUAGUAAAGAAGAAAUGCUAAGCGAAUUACAGAGAUGGAGAGCUACGAUUCCUGUGUUAUUACAAGGAGGAACAGAAGAGAAUUAUGUGGAAAAACUACGAAAGAAAAUCAUUGCUGAAAUAAGAAUUAAUAGUGGUCAAGCAGUGCCAAGCAGUAGUGAACUCUAUGUGACGUCUUCUACAGAACAAUCAGCUGUUUGGAGUCAUUGGCAGCCUUUCUUUACAUCGUCAUAAAUUAAAGGACUACAUACUUUUAAUAAUGUGAAAGAAGAUUUUUCUAAAGCAAUAAUGUGUUUUUCAGUAUUAAUAAUAUUCUGCUGCUAAUUUCAAAGGAAUUGAGAGUAUUUUGUUUAAAAGGUAAAUAUUUGUGCAUUUUGACUGUGAAAAUGAACUACAGUAAAUAGCUGUAGAUGCACAACAUAAUGAUCAUUACUGCAGAAUUCAGAUAUCUGCACUGGGAACAACCGGCAGGCAGGCAGACAGACAGUCCUUGGCCUGUUCUUUUCAGCAGUUGGACAUUACCUAGUGUGUGCUAUGAUAAUCUUUAGCUCUAUGGCCACUAGAGAAGAGACUUACUGUAAAAGAGAGCAACUUGAAUAAAGCAUGCUCUCAGUUCUUUUUUGACACCAAAACUAAAUGGUUGCUGUGA